AAAGACUUCGAUAGUUCUCAGUUUGUGUAUCCACGAACUCUUCCAAAUAAUUUUUAAAACAUACAAAAGCCAAAACACAUUAUUUAGGGCAACUCGACGGAAGAUGCCGGAGUUAAGAGUGUUAUCGGCGUUAGAUGCGGCGAGGUUACAAUGGUACCAUUUCAAGGCGAUAAUGAUCGCCGGAUUAGGUCUCUUCACCGACGCUUACGAUCUCUUCUGCAUAGCUCCCAUCAUGAAAAUGAUCAGCCAAAUCUAUUACCACAAAGAUUCCAUCGGAACCGCCGUUCUCUCCAUCUCUUACGUCAUCGCACUCUUCGGCACCGCCUUAGGACAGCUCAUCUUCGGCUACUUAGGCGACCGUGUCGGGCGCCGAAAAGUAUACGGUCUCUGUCUCUUAAUCAUGGUGUUCAGCUCCUUUGGCUGCGGUUUCUCCGUCUGCACCACUCGCCGUUCUUGCGUCAUGGCGAGUUUAGCAUUCUUUAGAUUCGUUCUCGGGCUAGGGAUCGGUGGAGACUACCCUCUCUCCGCCACGAUCAUGUCGGAGUUCGCUAAUAAAAAGACUCGUGGGGCUUUUAUCGCCGCCGUGUUUUCGAUGCAGGGGUUGGGAAUCUUGAUGAGCUCAGCCGUGACGAUGGCUGUGUGCGAGGCGUUUAAGAUGGCCGGAGAGGGGAGUUUAGAGAAAAUGGAGGCGGCUGGUGUGGAGACUUUGGCUCCGGCGGAGUCGGAUAUUGCUUGGAGGUUGAUUCUGAUGAUCGGUGCUAUUCCCGCCGCGCUAACGUUUUACUGGCGAAUGCUCAUGCCUGAAACUGCCAGAUACACAGCACUAGUUGAGAACAACGCAAGACAAGCAGCAAAAGACAUGCAAAAAGUCAUGUCCGUAUCCAUGUCUCAAGUAGCCGAAGAUACAUUAUCGGAGACACUAGAACUACCACCAUCUACUUCUUCCUCCUACAAACUUUUCUCCCGCCGUUUCUUCAGCCUCCACGGCCGUGACCUCUUCGCAGCCUCAGCCAAUUGGUUCCUAGUGGAUGUCGUCUUCUACACAAGCAACCUCCUCCUCUCUCAAAUCUUCAGUUUCUCCAACAAACCUCUCAACUCCACAAACGUCUACGACUCUGCCUUCGAGGUGGCUAAGCUAGCAGCCAUCGUAGCCGCUUGCUCCACCAUCCCCGGCUACUGGUUCACCGUCUACUUCAUCGAUAGAAUCGGUCGUGUCAAAAUUCAGCUUAUGGGGUUUUUCUGUAUGGCCGUUGUUUACCUGGUUGCUGGGGUACCGUACAGUUGGUAUUGGUCUAAGCAUGAGAAGACUAAUAAAGGCUUUAUGGUUCUCUAUGGACUGAUCUUCUUCUUUAGCAAUUUUGGGCCUAACACGACGACCUUUAUUAUCCCGGCCGAGCUUUUCCCGGCUAGGUUUAGGUCAACUUGUCACGGGAUAUCCGGAGCUGCCGGGAAGUUUGGGGCCAUUGUCGGGACGGUUGGUUUCUUGUGGGCUACGCAGCAUGAAGAAGAGGACAAAGGAGAAGUUUUUCCAGAUGCGAGACGCGUGAGGAUAGCGUUUUUAAUCCUUGGUGCAGUUUGUAUCGCUGGAGUCUUUGUGACGUACUUCUACACUCGUGAAACUAUGGGAAGGUCGUUAGAAGAGAACGAAGAGGACGAGAUUGAUUCCACAUGUGCAUCUUCUGGUAAUGAGGUAUUCCCUAUAGAAUAGUGAUUUUGAUAUCACAACACAAUCAAUCCUCUUUUGAUUGUCCUCUUCUAAUUUAACUCUGAAUUUCCUUGGUUUUGAUGUUUGAUAUACGUUAAGUUUUUUUUUGUUCUCGUGUUUAAUUGACUUCUUUUUUUAUUUGUUUUCUACUAUUUAAAUCCGUGCAUUUAGAACGGUAUAUGGAUGUCAAAGCUUGGUCAGCUUGACACUAAACAUGAUUGAAUAUCACUCACUUUUGGUUGGGAAAGAAGCCACCUGGUUGCUUUCACAUAAACCUUAUGGCUUACCAUUGUACCUCUUCAUCCUGAUGAA